GCAAACCACAGGACACAAACUUUAGCAUGUAGCUGUAGCAUGAGCUGUAGCACAACAGAUAAUUUAACCUUAUUAGAAAUUAACUCAGCCAGACGCACCCUACCUGUUGUAUUUUCCAUUAUUACGCCGAUAUGGAGCUGUAGCCGGAAUUUAUCACAGAGGUCUGACUGCAGCAGCGCUAGUAAAGAUGCACAGCCGUCUGCAAGAGUUGAAGAAGGAAGAGGAAACUCUCCUGAAAAUCAAAGUCAUGCUACAAGACCAGCUUAACAGGUUAAAGUUUGAAGAAGGUGCCUUGAAAUCCAUCAUCAAUGCUCAAACAGAAGAAGGGGCCUCUCCACACCUGUCCCCAGAAAUGGAGGUCCACAUAAACCUUGAUGAUGAGAGCGAGAUCAAUCGAACCAAACUACUACUGAAUGCUGCUGCAGAUUAUGACAUGGAAGAGGAGGAGGAAGAAGAAGAUGAGGAGGAGGAAGACGAAGAGGAUGAUGAAGAAGAUGACAAUGAGCUGGAGUUUGUGCCUGAGGAGGAUGCAGAGGAUGAUUACUGAGGCUCUCAGUGUUCAUGGGGCUUAAAUAUUUGCACCUCUAAUGAGAAUCCUUUGUAAAUAAUGUCUGUUUUUGUGUUGACUUGUUUUGUACUUUCACAUAGGAGUAUUUAAUUUAUUUGAACAGAGGAAGCAACAAUCGCAGUGUAAUGAUGUGUGGUGCUAUUAGUAUCUUUCUUUGCCUGAUUUAAGGCUCUUGGUUAGAAUUUAAACUUAUGUUGGUGUUAAAUUUUGUGAGAAGUCUCACCAAAAUGCUGUAACACAGUGUUAAUAGGUGCUUAUAGUUAACUAGACAUGUUGUGCAUCUUGAGGAUUAGCAUUAUGGCUGGGCCAUAUUUGAAGAUAUGUGUGAAUUGUGUAAGAAAUGAAAAGCACAAAAUAAAACAUUUUGCAUAUA